AUGUCUCUAUAUAGACACAUUUUCAUACAAAAUCAUCUAGUUGAAGAGGUGAAAAAACACUAUCCAUCACAAAGCGAUAUUGUUUUGUCAAUAGUAUUUGUUGACAAAUAUGCAAAAGAGCAAUGCUUUAUUGAACUUGAUAAUGAUAAGAGUUUCAUGGUGAUGCUAAACAUGUAUAAUGAGGAUAAAGAAGUAACAAUUUAUGCGACAACCAAAAAAUUAAGGUAUAACCCAAAACCGUUAAGUUGUCAAGAUAAAGUUAUUGAUGAGUCUGAUGAUGAAAAUGAGACGGACUCAGUUUGUCCAAGUCAAGAAAGCUAUCAUAGUCUUAAUAGUUCCGAUAACAAAUAUGAGCUUAUAAAUUAUGGUGAAACUUAUGCAUAUAGUAAGAUGAAUCCAUUUAUGAAAGUGAAUUCUAAAUUCCCAAGUGUAAUUGCUUUUAGAAGAGCAUUAAACCAUUAUGCACUAACAAAUGAAUUUGAGUGGAGAAUUCAUGCUUCUCUUACACAAGAUGGGGUUACUUUUGAAGUAAAAGAAUUUGUAGAAACUCAUUCUUGUACUCGAAUCAACAAGAGCGGUAACAAACAUGCCACUCAAGGAUGGAUUGCUGAUGUUGUCACCGACAAGUUGAAAUCUGAAGCGAUGUCUCUCCUGCCGACCUAA